AUGUCUUCGAUUAAAAAGAGCCGAAGACCGGGGAUUUUGGAAGUUCUCCGAAUGUUUUUCUCGUUGAUCUCCCGUCUCUCAACAACUCUAACUAUCAUUUCAUUACUUCAAUCGUCACAAGCAAACAGAGAAGCUCUAAUGGACGACAAUGGGGAUUUUCUGCCACAUAUCAGAUUGGCGAAAGAUUUGAUGGAUCCCAGAAGAUACGAUAGCCGAGUUCGUCCAGUGAUCGAUCACGCCAAUCCGACGUCGGUUCUCUUCUCGAUGACUCUCUAUCAAAUUCUCGCGGUGAAUGAGAAACAACAGAGCAUCGAUUUGAACGUUUGGGUGAUCCAGAAAUGGAAUGACGAUUUUCUCGGUUGGAACCCGAGUCUUUAUGGUGGAAUCAAUGUCACCAUUUUGCCCUAUCACGCCGUUUGGCUGCCCGAUACUUAUAUUUAUAACAGUGUUGUGAUGAAUCGCGAAGAAACGGAGAGAUAUAUCAAUGUGGUGGUGACCACGAAUUACUACAAAGGACAGCGAGGAGCUGAAGUGAAAUUCAUGUAUCCAGCGUUGUAUCGAACGAGUUGUCAACUGGAUAUCAGAUUUUUCCCGUAUGACCAACAGAAUUGCACCUUGGUGAUCUCCUCGUGGACCUCGUCUAGAUCCAGUAUUGAUUAUUUUGCUGAAGAAUCGUUGGUUCGUCUUGAUCAAUUCAUCCAAAACGAGGAAUGGGUGGUGGUUUCAUUCAAAAUCGAUCGAAUCGAAGAGAAAUUCCCAUGUUGUCCCGAGCCUUGGGUAUUGCUUCAUGCGCAUCUUGUCAUCCGAAGAAAACCCCUCUAUUACAUUGUGAAUCUCGUCAUUCCCACAUCCGUUAUAACAAUGGUCGCUGUCACCGGCUUUUUCACGGCCGCUUCCACCUCAUCAGAGCGUCGCGAGAAAUUGUCAUUGGGUAUCGAUUCCCUUCUCGCCAUGUCCAUCUUAAUGAUGAUGGUCUCUGAGCAAAUGCCAACCACUUCCGAUUAUGUUCCCUUAUUUGGUUUGUUCUAUUUGACGAUCAUCUUUGUGAUCUUUCUCGGCACACUCUUCACCGCUUUCAUUCUCAAUAUUCAUCUACAGAAAAUGUACUCCCGUCCGAUUUCUCCGAUUAUCACCUUCAUUUUCUUCCACAAAAUUGCCAAAUGGCUCAGCAUUCGAGCUCCAACAACAUUGGUGGAACUAUGGGCAGAGACAGGUGUUCGGAUACAAGAGGUACAAAAGGGGAAACCAUCUUUGAAACGGCCAAUGAACAACAACACGAUACCGAGCUCGGAUCGAUUAAUCCGAAAGACGGCUUCACCAACGACACCCGUCAAACAACCGCCAGUUACGGCUAGAUCAGCCGACGAGUCGACAUAUCGAAGCGCGCUCGCUCGAUCGAACUGGCAACGACUAGCCAGACAGGCUAGCUCGAAAACUUUCCGUCCUCGUCUUACAAGUCUUCCCUAUCUUUCCCCGAAUGUUCACGGGUUAAAUCUCGGCAGAAGAUCGCUGACCCCAACUGGGGGCUUUCGUCGAUCCGUGUCAUCGACUCUUCCAGAAGAUCAACCACUUCUCACAUAUGAUGAUGAUUAUGGGCACUUCCCAGCAUCGGCGAUGCCCUCAAAUGCUUCGGAGAUCUCUCGGAAUGACGAUCAUCGAACAUCAAUGGCCAUUGUUGCUGUACAACAAAUGAAUGACUCUCUUGUCAUCGAGAGUAAACUGAAAAGAAGAUACGCUCUCGAAUGGGAAUAUCUUGCCUCCGUGCUCGAUCGUGUCCUCCUCCUCGUUUUCUCAAUGGUCGUUUUCAUUGUGACAUUCUUGAUGAUUCUCGUGGGUGAGGCCAUGCAUCUCAGCUAUGAGCUCAAUAAUGAA